AUGGCUUCCCAAUCGCAGCCACAAGAGACAAAAACCCUUCCCAUCAAAAUCUUGUUCGACAAACAAACCAACAAAGUUGUCGCAGUUGAAGCAACCAACGACUUCGUCGACACCCUCUUCAGUUUUCUGUCCCUUCCACUCGGCACCAUCACUCGCCUUGUCACCACCACCACGAACAGCAACAACAACAACGAUCAACAGCUCCCAGAGCCACCGUUCCCUAGCAGCAUCAACAAUCUCUACCAAAGCGUCCAGAAUCUCUCCCCUAACGAUGUAUGGAACCCUGUCUGCAAGCAGAUGCUGCUGCGUCCCCGGAACCCCUGUGAAGCGCUUUGCUCGAAGCUGGUUUUGAAUGUUGAUGACACAGAGCCCGCAAGGAAGGUUUAUGUGUGCGGUUCCUGUGACAAGUUCACUACUUUUCCCAACCUGGUUUGUACCUGUGGAAAACCCGUUAGAGAACCCCAUAAUUUGGAUUCCCCGGGUAGUGUGGAAGCCAAAGGUGGAGUCUUUGUGAAACAAAAUGAGACAUCGUUUCUGGUCUUUGAUGAUUUGAAGAUUGUGCCUAAUUCUUUUGUGAACUCUGUGCCGCUGCUGCUGAAAAUGGGGUAUUCAGACUUGACUCAAUUGGAGGAAAUCACACAAAAUAUUGGCAAGCACGAGAUAUUGAAGAUCCUCAAGUAUGCCUUAACCUCUCAUGAGCCUCUAACCAAUGCAAUUUUGGGAUGUGACUCUAAGAAGAAAGAUGACCCACUGCACCAGUUUGCAUCAGCAGUUAGGGCAAGGCCUAAGACUGAUGACAGUAAAAUGGAUGUUAAGGUAGUGCGAAGUAAAUCUCAGAACAAGAUAAUCUUUGCCGAAGCCAAUGAAGAUUUUGUUGACUUCAUUUUUAGCUUUCUUACCAUACCAUUAGGGUCCGUUGUAAAGCUUUUGGGUGGUAACUCUUUUGUUGGAUGUGUUGAUAACUUGUAUAUGAGCGUGGAAACCUUGGACUCUUCAUGGUGUACAGACUCGCAUCCUUUAUUACUCAAUCCUGGAUUGGCACUGCAGUUUGGUUGUCCAAAUCAGCCUCUCAACAUUCCUGAUGUAGAACCCCCUAGCUAUUAUUAUGGUACUGCUGAUACAAGAAAAACAAGGACGGUUUAUGUAAAGUAUCAAGGAAAUGUAGAUCAAGUAGUAACAAUAGAGGGAGGAGUUAUUUCUAAAUCAAGGGGAUUAGUUUACAAUCCAAGAACCUUGACCGCGCUGGACCCGAGAUCCCCCAACAGAUUGAAAGAAGGUGUUGUGGGAUUUGUGAAGAGACCAGCAUUAUAUGGUGUAGGAGAUGAUCUAAAAGUGAAACUACUGUCUGCUAUUUCUUGCUAUUCAUAUUUGAAAGAAUUAAACCUUCCCCUUGAUGAUAUUGAAGUGAAGGUGUUGACCAUUGGGGAAGCAGAGGCCUUGAGCCUCCUUGGAGCUUCCUUGACAUCAAAGUUUACCUUGACUAGUGGCCUGGAGGACUUUUUGGAUGUGGCAAAACAAGGAUCAACAUUGACAUCGAAGUAUACACAAAACAAGAGGCAGAGGCUUGAUGAUGUUUUAAAGGAGGAACCUAAUCUAGAAGCCUAA